AGACCCCAUAGAGUAGACAGCCUCUCUCUGUAACACACACAGACUGACGGAAAGAGAGAGAGAAACACACGCACUGCAAAAUCCAGACGCAACAAUAGCAGCUGUUGAAGCUCAAACCACCACAACAGAUGGGGCCCGGAUUGUUUUGGAACUUCCCUUCAAAGGCUAGCUGCACGGUGCCGCAGAGCCUGCUGCAGACAAUGUUGCUCUCCAGGAUGGCUGGGAUGAAGGAGCAGCAAUUUACUGAGCAGAAACCCCUACUGCCGGAGCAGAGAGGACAAGAAACUGAGAUGAGAGACCAAGGGCGGUGUGUGAACGCACUCCCCUGCGCAAGCCGCGCGCCACUCACCGCCCCCUCUUCCUCAAGCCGCCCCCCACAACGGUGGCAUGUGAUCGCGCGGCACUGGCUCCGCCAGACCCGUAAUCGGACCAGUGGGUGCAUCCCGGAGAACUGUGAGAUCCUGAUGCCAAUUGGAGACUGGAAGGAACAUGACAUUGAGACUCCCUAUGGGAUGCUUCAUGUGGUUAUUCGUGGGGCACCCAAAGGAAACAAGCCUGCUAUCCUCACCUACCAUGAUGUGGGGCUUAACCACAAGUUGUGCUUCAACAGCUUCUUCCACAACGAGGACAUGCAGGAGAUCACCAAGCACUUUGUGGUGUGCCAUGUGGAUGCUCCUGGACAGCAGAUUGGAGCCUCUCAGAUGCCACAGGGGUACCAGUACCCCAACAUGGACCAGCUGGCAGGCAUGCUGCCAAGCGUAGUGCAGCACUUUGGAUUCAAGAGCAUUGUGGGUAUUGGAGUUGGGGCUGGUGCCUACAUCCUGGCCAAAUUUGCUCUGAUCUUUCCUGAUCUGGUGGAGGGCCUGGUGCUGCUCAACAUCGACCCCAACGGGAAGGGCUGGAUCGACUGGGCCACCGGCAAGCUGUCUGGGCUCACCAGUGCUCUUCCAGACACAGUCCUGCCCCACCUCUUUAGCCAGGAGGAGCUGAUGAACAACACAGAGCUGGUCCAGAGCUACCGUCAACAGAUCAACAACACCGUCAACCAGGUCAACCUGCAGCUCUUCUGGAACAUGUACAACAGCCGUAGGGAUCUGGAGAUGAACCGCUCUGGGACCAUCAUCAAUGCCAAGACCCUGAAGUGCCCUGUCAUGCUUGUUGUUGGUGACAACGCUCCAGCUGAGGAGGGAGUGGUUGAAUGCAAUUCCAAACUUGACCCAACCAACACCACCUUCUUAAAGAUGGCUGACUCUGGUGGACUUCCUCAGCUCACACAGCCUGGAAAACUGUCCGAAGCAUUCAAGUACUUCCUCCAGGGGAUGGGCUACAUUGCGUAUGUGAAGGAUCGGAGGUUGAGUGGAGGGCCAGUGCCCUCUGCCAGUAUGACCCGUCUGGCCCGCUCCCGGACGGCCUCCCUGACCAGUGGCAGCUCCAUUGAGAGCUCUCGUAUCCGUGGUUUUACACACACUGACAGCAACGAGGGCCAGGUCAGCCACACCAUGGAGGUGUCCUGCUGAACCCUCAAACAAACACACACACACAAAGACAGACAGACAGAAAGACGUGGGUUGGAGAGAGGGAGAGAGAGAUGAGUUUCUACUGAAAUGGUUAAUGCAGGAUGUUCUCUCUAUCUAUCUCUCUUUGUCUUUGUCCUAGUAUUAUCUUGCCCAAAGUCCCUCAGUAUUUGACAACUUUUGCCACCCCCUCCCCUCACUGUAAAAUGACACCAAUGUAUUACUCUCCCCCUUAAACUUAAGAAACAGUUUAGUUUUUUCUUGAAUUGUCGUUUGUUUUGCUAAGUGUCUCCUUUCCCUUUUGCCUGCUCCCCCAGCCCUACAUCUGCCCCGCCCCCCUCCACUCAGACCCUUAGCCUCAUCUGCCCCCUCCCACACUCAUCAGCUUGUCUGCCGACAGUUUCUGUGAGGUGAUCAAUGAUGGUAGUUAAGUGGGUUGUUGUCAGUGAGGAUGGUUGGUCAUUGGGGAAAAGACAUACAGGACAUUUUGUAGUUGUUUGCUCUAUUCUUGCUCUUUGUCUGGAAAGUUCCAGAUUUGACAGAAAGCAGCACACAGGCUAUUAUAUUUCAGAGAGUUUUGCAUCACACUGUGGAGGAUGUGUCUGUGUGACAGCCACUAGAUCAGUAUUCCCACUCCACAUCCCAUGCAAGUUUUCCCAUUGAUUGUCAUACAGAAGCAUAAAUAAAUGUAGUGUGAUUCUAUACACAUGUAGCCCACAUGAUUCCAGUCACCUGCAUUGGUAGGAGUAUCCACCCCUAUAUAGGUAGUGUGACCAUGGUCAUCUCCACCUCCCUAAAAUGGAAGUGGUUCUGCCGAGGAUCAGUUCUUAGUGGUCCUAGGAGCCGAGGCAGAACCUGUUAGAUCUGAGAUGUUCUUCUCUUAGGUCAGCUCUACAGCAUUCAGCCCCACACAAAAGAUAUACCAAAGCUAUACACACACUAACCUAUGACGGCUGGGCUCUGUAAGGGGACCGAGCCAAAUGAUAUAGGCACAGAAGCACAAAACACACAAAAAUGUACGUACACACUGUCAAUGUGUCAAAGUAAAUGUGUCACCACAAAACAAAUGUUAAUGUAUUUACAUCUAUACCCAUGCAUAGCUCACAUAGAGAACCAACAGCCUAAUAUCCCACAGACCUCUUUUUCCCCCACCCCCGUGAUAUUGAGCUGAAAUACUGGUCGUUGUUAAUGGGGAGGCUAGGUGUGUGCUGCUAGCUGCUGUGAUGGACUACCCAUUGAGUGAAGCUAGUCCUAUGAGGAGGAACUGUUGUCCCUGGCAAUUUGCAGAGUAAUGUCUUUCUACAUUCGAUUUGCAUUCCUUAUUCUCAGUAACAACUUCUCCCUAUUAUCUGUUUGAAUGUCAAUCUCUGCAUCCCCCGAUAGGGUGAAGUGGUAUAACUACUACUGCAGGGGUGCUUCUUGGGACUGUCUGUAAGGGGCGAGAUCCCAACCCCAACCCCCUCCCCCAAAACAUUUACAUUACAUUUACAUUACAUUUUAGUCAUUUAGCAGACGCUCUUAUCCCAAAACCACAAGAUGCCCCGCCCCUUACAGAUACGUCCAGUCGCCACUAAAGGGCUAUCAGCUGAGGUCAAUUUUCAGUUCAUAUUGUUGCCUAGCAACAGUGCACCAAUGUGCAAGGGUCCCCAAGGCGUACAUAGCAAAAAUUCUAGGAC